GGGGCCCCGCACGAAAUUGGACAGCGCAUGCGCAGCGCGCUGAGGGGGUCGAGGCGGUAAAGCUGCGUAUUUAGGGUCUGUGGACGCCCAAGAAAUUUUGAUUGAGGUCGGUGCUAGUUGGCUGUGACUGCCCAUCACGACAUCAGCAGCGCCCCAUCCGUGAGUGGUCAUUUUGGAGCAAAAUCACCAAGACCUGUAUUCUCUGUGGCUACGAACAAAUCAUUUAGCCGGAUUGAGCCUUAAUUUUUCCAGCUGGAACGUGGAGCUACCUGUUCAUAUCUAUUGAGCUGUUGAUGAGCUAGGCAGUGUUGUCAUAUGAAGUUGAACAUGGCAGAAGAAGAGGAUUACAUGUCAGAUUCCUUCAUUAAUGUUCAAGAAGACAUCAGACCAGGCGUGCCAGUGCUGAGGCAGAUCCGAGAGGCCCGUCGAAAAGAAGAAAAGCAGCAGGAAGCUAAUCUGAAAAACAGGCAGAAGAGUGUAAAAGAGGAAGAGCGGGAAAGACGUGACAUCGGGUUGAAGAAUGCACUAGGCUGUGAAAACAAGGGAUUCGCUUUGCUCCAAAAGAUGGGAUACAAGAGUGGCCAGGCUCUGGGCAAGAGUGGAGAUGGCAUUGUUGAGCCAAUUCCUAUCAAUGUCAAAACAGGAAAAAGUGGCAUAGGUCACGAGUCAUUACUAAAACGGAAAGCAGAGGAGAGGCUAGAAAACUACAGGAGAAAAAUCCACAUGAAAAACCAAAAUGAAGAAAAGGCUGCCGAGCAGUUCCGGAUGCGACUGAAAAGUAAGCAGGAUGAGCUGAGGCUCGAAGGCGACCUGAGAAGGAGCCAGCGAGCUUGCCAGCAGCUGGACGCCCAGAAGAAUAUUCAGGUUCCCAGGGAGGCAUGGUACUGGAUAAGGCCUGAAGAGGAGACUGAGGAAGAGGAAGAGGAGGAGCAGGAUGAAGAUGAAUACACAAGCGAGGAUUUGAGUGUGCUGGAGAAACUGCAGAUACUCACUGGCUACUUACGAGAAGAACAUCUGUAUUGCAUUUGGUGUGGGACAGCCUACGAAGAUAAAGAAGACCUAUCUUCAAAUUGCCCAGGACCAACCUCUGCAGAUCAUGACUGAGAUUGUUCCCAAUAAAGUAAAAACUAUUUAUGCCGGUGUCGAAAGAAGGCCUUUAUGUAAUGCUUGAUUCUUUCAGAAGUAUGUUCUACUUGGGGUAAAAUUGCUCACUGGCUUGGGAAAAAGUUACUGUUAUUUCAAAAUACAAGUAUCAUAGAGAUGGACAAUUAUGAUUUAUGCUGGUAUUAUGAUGCUUGUGAGGCAUCCCAACAGGUAACACACUUAGUCGCCUCUUUACUUGGGAUCAGUUGAGAAAUAAGCCAUCAUGGGAAUCAGGAAAUCAGUUGUCUGCCUUAGAACUGGAGGUAUACUGUAAUGGUAGAAUGCCUGCCAAGCCUGGGCAUGGACCUGAGCUCAGUCCCAGCACCACAGGUCAGGCUUCUCAACACGAAGCUGAGACACAGAACACUGCCACUUUCUCUCACCAGGCUCCUUCAUAGUUGGUUUUUGUUUUUGUUUUUUUACAUACUAGUCCCAGUUCCCCUUCCUUGCUCUCCUUCUGCUCCCCUUAUCCCCCCUCCCCACCACACCUCCCAUCUGCUUCUCAGAGAGG